AUGCUUGGAAGGAUCCUCCGGGCGCUUUUCAACUUUGUCUGCGGGUCGGAUUCUGCGCAAGCCCAGCAGAAGCCGCCUCAACAGCAAUAUCCCCCUUCGAAACCCCCGACUGUUCCUCAGCUUCCUGGGCACUACCCUACUCCUCACCAACAGUAUCCACCACCUAGGCCCGAACAUAAACCGACCAAACCAUCCAAACCAUAUGGCAAAUACGAGGACGACAACAAGAUCAACCAGGCCAAUGAAUACUAUAGAGAUUUACGAGCCCGUGCAAACGAAGAAGGUGACAAGAUGGCGCAAUGCUUCCAGCAGGGACAUGAAGCGUAUGCCCGUGGAGACGGUGCUUUGGCCAAGGAGUUCUCGAACAAGGGAAAGGCACACCAGAAGAACAUGGAGGCGUUGAAUAAGCAAGCCAGCGACUGGAUCUUUGAAGCAAACAAUAGGGAUAGCGGACCCGGCGAGAUCGACUUACACGGUCUCUAUGUCAAGGAAGCCAUCUCCCGCACAGAAGAGGCUCUAGAAGCUGCCAAGCGCAGGGGUGACACGGAACUAAAGCUCAUCGUCGGGAAAGGUCUUCAUUCUUCCAAUGGGGCCAAAAUCAAGCCGGCCAUCGAGAACUUGAUGAAAAAGUACCAAUUGGAUGCAGAGCUGGACCCCAACAACGGUGGAGUUUUGGUGGUACGGUUGAAUGAAACCCGGAGACGUUCCCGCAUGGGGGCUGACGAGAUCACACGGAGGAUCGAAAGAGGAGACGAAGGAUGCACAAUUAUGUGA